AUGAACAACACCACGGUCUACUGCGAUUUCAGGCAGUUCAGCAGGAGCUACGAAGAAAUCCACGGCCCGCUCAGCUUUCUGGUGUGCGUUUUCGGCUCCAUCGCCAACAUCCUCAACAUUUGCGUGUUGUCCACGAAAGAGAUGCGAUGGCCCACCAACUUGAUUUUGACAGGGUUGGCCGUGGCGGAUUUGCUGGUGAUGCUGGAGUACAUUCCCUUCACCGUGCACAGGUAUCUGGAUAACGGCGCCAAAAACCAAAUUUUUCACUUCAUUUCGUGCGUGUUGACGGUGAUUUUGGCGAUAUGGAGGUACAUCAUCAUCACAAACCCACAAAAUAGCAAUGCUUACUGCAGCAUGAAGCAGACCUUCUACGUGAUAGUUGCAACGUACAUCGUGUGCCCUAUAAUAUGCUCCCCGUUAUUCCUAUCGCUGAAAAUACUGUCCUACAACCAAACCUGCGAACCAGACGGCAGGAUAAUCAACAAGGAACACCUCCAUCUCUUCAACAACACCGAAAGCAGUGUUAUUUAUUACACGGACUAUAUCAGCGACACCUACAAGCAGAGCAGUUUUUGGAUAUACGGGGUGGUGAUCAAGUUAGUGCCCUGCAUCCUGCUGACGCAUCUGUCCCGCAGGAUUAUUUCCGUUCUUCUGGAGACCAAACGCAGGAGGAAGCUCUUGAUGAACGGGAACGUUACGAUGAACAGUAGUGACGUGAGGCCGGUUCUGAGCAAAAAACUUUCACAAAGAUCGACAAGCUGA